AUGCUCGACGAAAACUUUCCCACCUUCCGCUCGCGCCCUUCUCCGGACAAACCGCUCUCUUCCAUCCUCUUCUUCACGCAAAAUGGCGCCGACCCCACUCCCGAGUACAUCCUCCGACGGGCUGACCCGGCCCUUCCGGCCUCGCGCAACAAGUAUGCCGCCGCCCUCUGCGGGCCCUUGAACGCCGACGUCAUCUACGCCGAAGUCCUCGUCACGCCAGAAUGGUCACAACCCGCCGUCUCUGGCGCCGAGAUGCGCGCCCAGGCGCUGAACGGCGCCCCACCUGCCCCCGCGACGGCGCUGGUCCCGGAGACCUUUGCCAUCCAGCUGUACAACCCAGACUCGACCGUCGCAAUCAAGAUGGUUCCAGGCACGUGGAACAAGACCGACUCCUGGGAGUUUGAACUUCCGGUCCAGACGUUCAAGCAGCCUUCGGCCAGCGAGCUGGACAGGGAGAACGGAGGACUGCCGCCGCCGGACCUGAUGCCGAGGGUCAUGUUCAGGUGGAAGAAGGACAGCAAGCUGAGCAAGGAUAUGACGUUGUAUAUGUGCGGAAAGAACUUGGAAGGGAGGAGAAAUAAGGAGCCGGAUAUCACGAUUGCAAUGUUUAAGACUACCACGCGCAAGGAUGGGGAGAGUGUGGUCACCAUCUACCAGCCGAAUCUGCACCGGGUGGAGGUGGAGGAUCGGAAGGGGUUGGAGCUGGUACUGUUGCUGGGAGCCGAGGUGAUCAAGGACUUAUAUCUGUCUCCAAAAGCCGAUGUGUUCAAUGUUGGAGGAGGGGGAUCUCCCGUUGGAGUUGCGAGCAGGAGGAAGAACUCGAAGCCUACCAGCGCGCCACCAGGAAUUCCCAUCAUGUCUGGUGCCGUGGUGACCAAUGGUGGUCCAUCAGGGGCGGCAGCAUCGUUCGUGGCUGCGAACGCGAUCCGUCAUCCAGAUACUAUACCGGUCACUGCUUCAAGUGUGGCGAAAGCUGGGUCAUCAAAGGCAGAUAUCGAUGCUGAAACGCAACGGUUGAAAGCAAUGGUUGAGCGCGAGGAGCACGAGCGACAAAAGAGGGAAAGACAAGAGCGAGAGAGACGUGAACAAGAAGAGCAACAGCGUAUCAAGAGGAUGCUCGAAGAAGAAGAACAACGCGAACGUCAACGAAGAGAAGCAGAGAUAGCGGUCGAAACGGAACGGUUGCGCAGAGAGUACGGAAUGGAAGGGCAGGAACUCCCAUCAAUCAUCCACUCCCCUCCAGCUCCUCAGAACACAGGCACUUUCAGUAGCCCUGCCCUCCCGCCACGGCAAACCUUCCAAAACACACAACCUCCUCCCCAUCUUUUCCAACAGCCAAGUCAGGGCCAGCUGUCGCCAACCACAAUUUGGGGAGCCGCUCCCUCUCUGCCUCCGCGGCCCCUUAGUGCUGGUCCAUUGGGGCAUCACAAUGUGAGCGGUAGUAUUAGCAGCAGCAGCAGGCCAGGGCCGUUCCACUGUGAUAAGCUGAACAAAGUGUGGAACGGUGUAGUGGUGCCAGCUCUUGACCGUGGUUCCGGAACUCCAGGGCCCGGUAGUUCGUCGAGGAGGCGCAGUAGUGGUGCGGCGUACUUGUCGGCAGAUCAAAAUGGCAGUGGGAGGUAUGGUUAUAGCCAGAGUUCGGUCGGUUUGUCUGGUGGUGGGACUGGGAGCUCAAGUGCGACGGGGAGGGAGAGGGAAAGGGACAGAGAGGAAAGAAAUAGGAAGAUUGCGAAGAAGAAGAGUGCGAUUUGGUAG